AUGUCCAACCCCUUCUGCGAUAACUAUGUAGACGACGCCUCUACUCCGCCCACCUCGCCAAUCUCCGAUGGCAUAUCUGAGCCUAUCGAUUGGAAUAGCCGUAACUUGGUGUAUCUUCUCAGCGUCUUGAGACCCGAAGAGGUUGCAGCCGAUAUACUCGUCUUCAAUCCUCCACUUGAGGCUCUAGAGGACCUUACAUACCCCUUCCAUCUGCAGAUCCACAAGAAGGCUGUUUCCACUCGCAUCGACAGUCAUCCCUAUUUUAGGGACACUCACAUCUGCACCAGGCGUUCUCAACCAUGCACGUUGGUCGCUGAAUCAAACCGCGAGUGCAUGAGCCCAGAACUCGCUCGUCGCUCCCUCGCCCACGAUCUGCUCUCCAAUACCGAGCUUGUCGACGCUACCAUCGCCAGACACAACGCACUUUGGGUCAUUCAUAACAGCGAUGUGUCUACAUUGGAGUCUAUACUACGCGCCAUGUGCGAGAUGAUCACUAUUGCCGAUGACGAGUGGCAGGGUCGCCUCGAUCAGCUGUGCGGCAUGGCCGCUGGAGACUACACUGGCCAAUGUGUCGAUGGAGACUGUUCCGCAGAGACACGUUUGGAGUACCAUCUUUUGAUGACAGGCAGGAUUGCUUUGGAGGAUUGGAUUCGGUGUGUCGGUGCUUGCUUGGGCAUGGACUCUGAGAAAGAAAGGGCAGCGCACGCAGAGAUUUACGACGAGGCAGGCAGCUUCCUUGGUAGGGCAUUCUAUCAGAUGGUAGGUUAG